AUGAUGGCGUCUCAGUCAAGCUUCUUCGCCAAGACUGACAACACCAACACCAUCGUCGCCAUGUUGUCCUCCAUCCACCUCAGGAGGGACAUCGAGGCCUACUGCCUGAUAGACGCGCAUGGGAUCAGGUUCACAGUGGAGAAGGGGAGGUGCAUGCAGUCCAACGUGUACAUGAAGAAGGAGCUCUUCACAAGGUUUGAGUGCGACAGGCGCCAUGAGUUCGGCAUCAACCUCUCCCUCCUCCUCGACUGUCUCAAGGUCCUUGGCCAUGCCGAUGCUGCCGACAUGGUCUCGCUGCAGCUGAGCUACGCAGGGGAAGGCAGACCCUUCCUCGUGCAGAUGGUCGAGGGCUCAGUCGUGAGCUCCAGCGGAGUUCAACCAACCAUGGUCAAGGAGCCGACGGACUUCUGCUGGAGCAACAGCUCGUCCAGGAACAUGAUCAUCCUCCGUUCCCUCGCUCUGCGCGAGGCCUUUGCCGAGCUCAGCCUGUGGGGAGAGCAGCUUGAGAUCUGCAUGCAGCCGGUGGGGAACGCGGCCAUGGGCUCAAGCGCCAUGGCGGCGCUGAAGCUCAAGGCGACCGGGGAGCAGGGAUCGUGCGAGGUCGAGCUGAACACAGCGUGUGAAGCUGUGAAGUCAGCGGACCUGCGGCAGGAGACGCAUCACUCGUACCGGUUCUCCCUCCUCCAGCCGCUUGUGAAGGCGCUGGCGCUGUCGGAGACAGUCUGCCUCAAAGUGAACGAGCUAGGGAUGCUGCACAUGCAGCUGAUGAUACAGAAGGAAAGCGCGAUAAGCACGUUCGUGGAGUUUCUGGUGUGUGCGGAUGUGGAGGAUUGA